CAACAUGCCUGCAACGAUCAACCUCUUUAAACAACAGAAUACUUAUUGAGCUGUUCAGAGAUCCGUGUGGUCACAUCUUAUACUCACAGGGGGAAAACAAUGGCAGAAUCUUCACCACCAUCAACACAACCAAGAACAACCAGGAGGCAGAGUAUAGAUAAACCUCCAUCAAUGCCAUCCUCCAGUGGUCUACUGACUGAGGGGCUUCAGUGCUCUAUAUGUCUGGAUGUGUUCACUGAUCCAGUCACGACUCCAUGUGGACACAACUUCUGCAAGAUCUGUCUGAAUAAGUGCUGGGACAACAGUCAGACCUGCAGCUGUCCAUACUGUAAAGAAACAUUCAAACAUAGACCUGAUCUCAAGAUUAAUACCACACUCCGAGAAGUUGCUGAUCACUAUAAGAAGAAAAGUCCUGAGAAAACAGCUGAGGUUCUGUGUGACUUCUGUGAGGAGAGAAAGCUGAAAGCCCUGAAGUCGUGUCUGGUGUGUCAGAGCUCUUACUGUGAAACUCACUUGGAGCCUCAUUUGAGAGUGGCAGGUUUGAAGAAACACAAACUGAUGGAUCCUGUGAGUAAUCUGGAGGACUAUAUAUGUCAGAAACACGAGAGACCCCUGGAGCUGUUCUGUAGAGAUGAUCAGACCAUCGUCUGUCUGUGCUGCACUGAUGGAGAUCACAAGAACCACAACACUGUGUCUUUAGAAGAGACUCAGCUGAUGAUCCAAGACACACAGCAGAUGAUCCAGGACAGAAUCACGAAGAUUCAAGACAUCAAACACUCAGCAGAAGUCAGAAAAAAAAAUACAGAGAGGGAGAAAGCAGCUUGUAUUGAGCCCUUCACUGAUCUCAUCCGCUCCAUUGAGAGACAUCAGACUGAACUGCUGGAGAUGAUGGAGGAGCAGCAGAAAGCAGCAGAGAAACAGGAGCAAGAGCUGAUUGAAGAGCUGGAGCAGGAGAUCACUGAGCUAAAGAUGAGAAACACUCAGCUGGAGCAGCUUUCACAGACUGAAGAUCUCAUUCCAAUUUACUCAUCUCUGUGCAGCCCUAGAAACAGCAGGAACUGGCCUGAGAUCAGUGUGGACACUCAUGCGAGUCUGGAGACUCUGAAGAGAGCUCUGACUCAACUGAAGGACACUAUAGAGCUGAAGUGGAUGCAGCAGUAUGCAGUGGAUGUGACUCUGGAUCCUGAUACAGCUCAUCCUAAACUCAUUCUGUCUGAUGAUGGAAAACAAGUGAGACAUGGAGACAUUAGACAGAAACUCCCAGACAAACUAGAGAGAUUCAAUAAAAAUGUCUCUGUCUUAGGAAAGGAGGGAUUCUCCUCAGGGAGAUUUUAUUUUGAGGUGCAGGUGAAGGGAAAGACUAAAUGGGAUUUAGGAGUGGCCAGAGAAUCCAUUGACAGGAAGGGAGAUAUCCCACUGACUCCCAGUAAUGGAUACUGGACUGUGUGGCUGAGGAAUGGAGAUGAAUAUAAGGCUCUCUCUGGUCCUUCUGUCUCUCUGUCUCUGAGAGUGAAGCCGCAGCGGGUCGGUGUGUUUGUGGAUUAUGAGGAGGGACUGGUCUGCUUUUAUGACGUGGAGUCUCGCUCUCAUAUCUUCUCUUUCACUGCUCAGUCUUUCACUGGGAAACUCUAUCCAUAUUUUAGCCCAUGCAAUAAUGAUGGAGGUAAAAACUCAGGCCCACUGAUCAUCACAGCUGUCAAUUAACGUACAUGAUUUUAUACAUGAAAUAGGAUUACAGUGAUUUUUAUAAUUAAAAUGUUUUUUUUAUUAUUAAAAAUCUGAUAAUGUAUGUGCUGCUACUCACAUGUAUGUACUGUUUCAGUCAUCUCUGCUACAAAAUGUUCUGUUACUGACACACACGCACCCGGCCAGCCCCAUACACAACA